AUGCAGUGCUUGGGUUUGUCCCUUUACUCUGUUCAGUUUUGCUUCAUUCUCUUCUCUUCUCUUCUUCUUGCUACCAAGAAAAAGAAACGCAUGAUGUUCACCCAAGGUCUCGACGAGAGCGCAAUCCAAUGGAUCAACCAGGGAUCACAACGAGUACAAGUUGAAGAGCCUCCCGUUACAGUACGGUCUCCUCUGGCAGAGAAAAUCAGCAGCGAUAGAUUCCCAAUAUCUCCCCUUUUGAGCAGCGGCAACAGUCUCAAUUCCCCUGUUUUGCCUCCACUGAAGUUCCAUUCUGCACUGCUCCCACCUCGCAACCUUGCAUAUGGCUUUGGCGAUCAUGAUGUUGUGGAUGACAGUGACGAAAGCAUGGCUUCAGUGGCUGAUGAUGGCAACUUCUCUGAGGAUGAAGUCUCUGUCUCUGCUCCCAACAACCUUGAUUACUUGGACACGCCGACACCACAGUGCUAUGAAUAUGACGAGGAAGAGUUGUUUGGCUCUAAACUUCCCAAACCUCAAGCGCAAGGCAGCAAUGGAAUUCUCAAGAAGGGUUUGGCCAAUGAAAAUCUAACCAUUCAAGUUCCUAACUGUGUCAGAAGAUUUACAGAUGGCGGAUUGGGUUUCAAUAAGUGUGUUCAAAGGAAUCUCACUCCGGGUGGCCCCGUUCAUCUUCAAAAGCAUGCUCAUCUCCGCAAUCUGAAUUGCCCUGAUGACACCAUUGAAUUGGGUACUCCAAGUGCUCCUCCUAUCAUUGAUGGUGAUUUUCCGUUGGAAAGGGAUGCAGAAUGUUCGGAGAGGAAUGAACCAACAGCUGAUCGUGGAUCUUGGCCAUCCAGAAAAUCUGUGGAUUAUGAUGGCAGAAAAAGUGAGAGUUCAAUUGAACAAAAACCCAAUACUGUUGCAAAAGCCAUGGAGAUUGGUGAAAGGAUGGACAAAACUUUUGCAGAUGACACAGAAAGACAGACUCCUUAUUUACAAUAUUACAACACCAGUUGCAAUAGUCAAUAUGCCUGGCAAACCCUUAUCACUUAUGAUGCCUGCAUACGAUUAUGCCUACAAGCAUGGGCAAAAGGCUGCACUGAGGCCCCAGAGUUUCUAAAAGAUGAGUGUCUGGCUCUCAGAAGUGCCUUUGGAUUGCAUGAGUUCUUGCUGCAACCUCGAGGUGUAAAGCCUACUGAAGGCAGAAAUACAAGGAAUUCAGAGCAAACAGCUCCCCUGAAGCUGAAGAAGGUUGUGGGAAAAAUAAGAGUUGAAGUGAGGAAACUUCGCAUUAUACCAAGACGAAAGCUUAAGAUCACAAAGUCACAACGAGGAUCAAUCUACAUGCAAGCUGGGGUGGAGUAUGUUCGACACGUAUCAUCACUUGUGAAAAGUGGCAUUAAUUCUAUGAAGUCAGCCUCAUUCUCAUUGGCAUCAGACGAGCCACUGUAUUGUUUGAUCCAACUCAAGAGUGCAACAGAAGAAAAUGAAUCAGAGCCAUGUUCUGCAAUUGUUUUGCGCUCUGGAAGUGGAGAUUACCAUGAUUUUUUCCCAUUGAGCCAAGGAGAUGCUUUAAUCGUAGAAAUCCAAGACUCAAAAAAGGCAGUCCAGGGUGAAGCCAGGAUUCCAAUUUCAUCCCUCAGUGAUAAUCCUAGUGACAGAAUUCGGUGGUGGCCAAUAUAUCAUGAUGAACGCGAAUGCGUUGGCAAGAUCCAGCUCUCUAUUAGUAGUACAAUGACAAGCGAUGAGAAUAAUCACAUAAAGAGUGCUGCUGUUGUGGAAACUCAAGCUUAUGAUUUACUGCUGGAGGGUGCCAUGCGUGCUCAGCAUUUCCACUCCCGAAACUUGCGGCUAAAUGGACCUUGGAAAUGGCUUUUAGAUGCAUUUGCUGACUACUAUGGAGUUUCUAAUUCAUAUGCUAAGCUGAGAUAUCUAUUACAUGUGAUGAAUGUGGCAACUCCCACCAAGGACUGCCUAGAGCUUGUGAAAGAGUUGCUUGAACCCCUAAUAAAGGCCAGAAGUGAGAGGAGUCUGACCAGGCAGGAGAGAAGUAUACUUUCAGACUGUGAAACUCAAAUUGAAAGUCUUCUAGCAACUGUUUUCGAGAAUUACAAAUCACUAGAUGAAAACUCGCCAACAGGUUUAACGGAUCAUUUUGGUCCAGCAUUUGAUUCUGCGGCACCAGCUUUGGAUCCUGCUGUACAAGUCUACACUAGUCUUCAUGAUAUACUAUCUCUAGAUGCUCAGACUAUUCUAAGAAACUAUCUUCAGACUGCGGCAAGAAAAAGGUGUAGAAAACACAUGAUGGAGACUGAUGAAUUUGUGUCAAGCUCCUCCGAAGGUUACCUAAUGGAUAGCAUUACCAUCUCCACAGCAUACCUGAAGAUGAAGAAUCUCUGUGUUUCCAUAAGAAAUGAAAUUCAGGCAGAUUUAAAGAUCCACAACCAGCAUACGAUUCACGGUCAGCAUAUAUUUCCUAGUUCAAUUGACCUGACAAACAUCACAGCAGCCGUUUACAGCACAGAGCUGUGUAAAAGGCUGAGAGCUUUCCUUUCUGCAUUGCCACCAUCGAGUCCACAGGCACAUGUGAAUGAGCUUCUAGUUGCAACUGCAGACUUUGAACGGGAUCUUGAGUCAUGGGAUAUAAGUCCUGUGCAGGGUGGUGUAGACUCCAGAAAUUUGUUCCACAACUAUAUCAUGGUGUGGAUACAGGAUAUGCAACUUGGUUUGCUUGAUUUAUGCAAAGCAGAAAAGGUGCCAUGGGCUGGAGUAACAACAAACCAUUCGACCUCCCCAUUUGCUGAGGAAAUGUAUGAGAAAAUCAAAGACCACCUUAUCCAGUAUGAAGUAGUAAUCAGUAGAUGGCCUCAAUACUCACUUUAUUUGGAAAAUGCUGUUGCAAAUGUUGAAAGGGCAAUUGUGAAAUCCCUCGAGAAACAAUACAAUGAUAUCUUAACUCCUCUGAAAGAUAGCAUACCAAAAAGACUUCACUUGCAAGUUCAAAAGCUAGCGAGAAGACAAUCAACUAAUGUUCAUUUGGUUCCUAAUCAAUUGGGAAUAUUCUUGAACACCAUCAAGAGGAUUCUUGAUGUACUACAUUGUAGAGUUGAAGACAUCCUAAAUUCAUGGGCAUCCUGCCUACCCGUCAUGGGAGAUAAGAAGACACUUUUUGGAGAGCAAAUGAAUGCAAUCACUGUUCUCUUAAGAACCAAAUACAAAACGUAUUUGCAAGCAAUAAUAGGGAAUCUUGCCAACAAUAUGCAAGCUAAUAGGAACACAAGGCUGAAAAAGAUCCUUGAGGAAACAACAGAAGCAGAUGGAGAGGCAGAAGUCCGUGAAAGAAUGCAGUUGCUGAAUUCACAACUCAUAGACUUCAUAUCCAACUUGCAUGAGGUCUUUACCAGCCAAAUUUUUAUAGCAAUAUGUCGUGGAUUUUGGGAUAGGAUGGGACAGAUAAUUUUGAAAUUCCUGGAAGGGAGAAAAGAAAACAGGAUAUGGUACAAUGGCUCUUCCUAUGCUCUUGGGAUAUUGGAUGAUACUUUUGCUUCCCAGAUGCAAAGAUUAAGAGGAAAUGCAUUGCAAGAGAAGGAUAUUGAGCCCCCUCGCUCAGUAAUUGAAGCCCGAUCAAUUCUUUGUAAAGACACGGCAAAUGCAAAUGAUCCAUCCGAUUACUUCUACAUAUAG